AUGUCUGGCCUCGGCAGCUCCCGCUGGUCGUCAAAACCGACAUCAAAGUCGUCUGAAGGUGGAGGGAAGACUCCGGACGAGCCCAAACACAUCGCCGUCCCGUCCUUUGGGUUCACGAUGCCUUCUUUCACCAAGAAGUCGGCUACCGUCGCAUCGUCUCCUAUCGUCUCAUCUUCGACAGAGGCCAAAGUGGUCGAGAUGAAAAAGCCCGCGGUCAAGGUCGAUGAAGCUCCUGCUCAAGAGCUCAUCAAAGUCGAGACUGGUAAACCGCAGUCCAAAGUCACCGCCGCUAUCCAGGCGACUCGAGACCGGAUGGCCAAGUUCGUGGGCCUACGUCGUCAAGAUCGCCCUUCAACGGCAAAUGCGAUGAUUGGACGUGGUCCAAGCGCAUCGUACGGAGGAUACACCAGGAGGGGAUAG